CGUCCCAUUCUCUUUCUUAAUAAUUUAUAGAAUUCUUUCCUUAGAGUUGGUUUUUUCGGCAAUAUGCGUGGACAGACAUUCUUUUCUUACGCGCUGGUCGCUCUUGCUACUACGGCAUAUGCUGCUCCUUUCGUUGCGGGGACGGAUGAUUCGCUUGAGAAGAGGGAUGCUUAUACACCUGCCAAUAAGCUUGCCAAGAUUGGCACGGUGAAUGUGGGGAGGGAAUACUUUUAUAGACGCCAAGACGAUGCCGCGGCUGAUGGAGAGGCGGCUGCUGCUGGGGCUUCAAGUGUCACAUCCAUAAAGGCAUCCGCGACCUCGAAGGCGGCUGGAAGUCUUGGGGCUGGAGCUGGGGCAACAUCAGUCAAGAAAUCGACAUCAAAAGCUGCUGGAGGAGCUUCUGCAAAGACAUCGGCUCCAAAGGCUGGUGCGACUUCAAAGGCGGCUGGUAGUAUGGCUGGUGGUGCGGGUGCUACGUCAGUGAAGGCAUCAACAUCGAAGGCGGCUGGGAAGCCUACUGCUUCGAAGUCUGGUGCCGCUGCUAAGGGAACGACUCCUGCCGACCUCCCAGGCUGCCCCGCCCCCAACGGCGCCGGAGCCGCAGCAGGAACAGGAAAAGCCCCAAAAGCAUCCAAAGCACCAGGAGGAGCCGCCGGUAACGACACAGCCAAAGCAACCGGCAAGAAAGACGCAAGAGCCAAUAUCCUAGCCGGCACGGCACCAGCGACGACCAAGAAGCCGGGAUCCACGGCUACCCCGCCGAAGCCGAGGGAUUCGAAGGCCCCGCAGGGGUGUGAUCCUACUAAGCCUCAAGUUGCUGGGCCUGAUGCUGGGAAGCCUGCGAAGCCGAUGGCUAGUUAGGUAGCAGAGAUGGGUUGUGUAUAGUUAUAGUCUAGUGUGGUUUGGUUAUUGUAUAAAAGUAUCUUGAUGAGAUGAAUGGAAUGGCAUUGUCUCUCGUU